UCUCUCCCUUAUCAUUGAUCUUGACUCUCUGGUUUCUGCCACACCUCUUCCCUGACCUUUGCUCCUUGCUCCAGGCUUGUUUUCCUCUCCACCAGCCUCAGGCUUACUUUCACUCACUGCCUGUCCUUCUCAACCAUCUCAUCAUGUGCACGGGAAAGUGUGCCCGCUUUGUGGGGCUCUCCCUCAUUCCCCUCUCCUUGAUCUGCAUUGUGGCCAAUGCCCUCCUGCUGGUGCCUAAUGGGAAGACCUCUUGGACCAAGAUGGACCUAAUCAGCAAGCACGUCUGGUACAUGGCUGGUUUCAUCGGUGGGGGCCUGAUGGUACUGUGUCCAGGAAUUGCAGCCGUUCGGGCAGGGGGCAAAGGCUGUUGCGGUGCAGGCUGCUGUGGAAACCGCUGUAGGAUGCUGCGCUCAGUCUUCUGCUCGGCCUUCGGGAUGCUUGGUGCUAUCUACUGUGUCUCAGUAUCGGGAGUCGGGCUCCAAAAUGGACCCAAAUGCUUGAAGGACGGCACAUGGGACUACCACUUCAAAGACACUUCAGGCUCUUACUUGCUCAACCGUACCCAGUGGAGUUUGUGCGAGCAGCCGCCUAAUGUGGUCUGCUGGAAUGUGACGCUCUUCUCGCUGCUGCUGGCCGCCUCGUGCCUGGAGCUCCUGCUGUGUGGGGUGCAGCUGGUGAACGCAACCAUUGGGGUCCUCUGUGGCGACUGCAGGAAGAAGGGCACUCCUCAAUGAGGCUCCACCGACCGCUGUGCUCGCUGCUGGAUGCCCACGGAACCCGUCCCCGCCCUGGAAUAAACCGUUUUGAG